UGAGCCUGCGUUGUCGCAGCCAAAAAAUCGACGAGGCAGGCCCAUGCACUAGCUACCUUGGUCAACCAUGGCUGCAGCUUCACCUUCACUAGCUUGGACCAAGCUAAGCACAGCCAUCCAUUCCAUUCCAUAUAACAAGCUAGCGAUCGAGGCCACUCAAAUCCACCAACAAGCUAGCUGACAAUCAAGUCAUCAGUCCAUCAAUGGCGAUGGCGUCGUCGUGUUCACCACUAGUAGCCGUGCUGGUGGCGCUGCUGCUCGUGGCGGCGACUGUGCCGGCGCCGUGCGCCGCCGUGGACCCGGUGAACACGUACUGCGCCAGGAACCUGAGCGGCGCGCCGGCGCAGGCGAGCGUGGCGCAGGUGCUCUCCGAGCUGGUGCCGCGCGCCUCCGCCGGCUACUACGCCACGGCCACCGCCGGCCGCGGCGGCGACGGCUCCGCCAUCUGGGGCCUCGCGCAGUGCCGCGGCGACAUCCCGGCCCCCGACUGCGCGCUCUGCGCCUCCGCCGCCGCCAGGCAGCUCGCCGGGGCCUGCCGCGGCAGGGCCGACGCGCGCGUCUGGUACGACUACUGCUUCGCGCGCUACGACGACGCCGACUUCGUCGGCCUCCCGGACACCGGCUACGCGCUCAUCCUCCUCAACACGCAGAACGCCACCGACCCGGAGGCGUUCGAGAAGGCGCAGAGGAAGGUGAUGGCGCGCGUGGCGGCGGACGCCGGCGACGCGGGGGGCGGCGGGCUGGCGAGGGAGACCGCGAGGUUCAAGGACGGGGUGACCAUCUACGGGCUCGGGUGGUGCACGCGCGACAUCACGGCGGCGGACUGCGGGCUGUGCGUGGCGCAGGCGGUGGCGGAGAUGCCCAACUACUGCCGAUUCCGGCGAGGAUGCCGCGUGCUGUACAGCAGCUGCAUGGCGCGCUACGAGACCUACCCAUUCUUCUUCCCGCUCGACGGCGGCCAGAGCGCCGACGCCUCCGCCUCCGCCGCCGGCGACUACGACAGGGUCGUCUUGAAUCCGUAGAUUAUUUCAACUCUCUAUAAUGGCCAUAUAUAUAAUAAGGGUAUCAAAAAAUCCCAUAUAUUACUACUAGGAGACGCAUUGCAGGUUUAUAUGUUUACGGUUGUAAUCCAAUUUAUCUCAUAAUUAACUAAAUAAAUAAUUCGCCAGAUGAACGAAAAAGUCUACUUCCUCUAUUUUUUUU